AGGUUACUCCGACAGCAGCAUUUUCGAGCAAACGAAGAACAAGAGGGGCCUACCGAGGACGAGAGAAACAAGGAGGCCACAACAGUUUUGAUUUAGAAUCUGUUGUACAUGUGCAAUUGGCAGCAACGUGAACUAUUGGCCAUGCGGCAGGUCUUCAUCCGCCACGAAACAACGUUUAUAGCACCGGACAAGAAGAUCGCUACCCUGCAGGCCGAGAUCAGCACAGUACAGGCCGCCAACAGCCAGCCGCAGACAAUCAACGACCAGCUGCAGUCUGAUGUCAGCACGGGGUUGACACGACUGUCGGCAGCUGCGUCGACGGGCAGCGCAGUAGCAGACUGCAGCCCAGCCUUGGCCGCGCAGGCCAAGCAACUCGAGGAGCGGAUCAACCACGUGGUCGCCUCCCUUGGCGACAUCAGCAAGUUUGCUGGAGCGUCGACAAUCAGCAAUCAGUUGCAGACGCCCAGCGACCGCGUUCAGCAACGACCGGCCGCUGACGCCAAGAAAUGGAAGAUGCCGAACUUCAAAAUCGAGAAGUUUGACGACUACCACAAGACCGAUCCGCUGCAAUGGUGGAUGGCAUUCAACGCAGAGGCGGACGUGCAUCACACUCCACCACUGCGGCGGCUUGACGCACUCUAACUCCAACUCAUCGGAGGGGCGCAGGCCUUCAUGACGCACAUGGUGGUCACAUUGGAAUGCACCAUUGCCACCCUCCACACCAAGAUUACGUGGGAGGAAUUCGAGAAGAAAAGGAAGACCCGGUUCAUGGUCAACAACGACAAGCGCCACGCCUUGAACAAGA